AUGGAAUUAAAAUUACAUUCUCCUGUUGGAGCUGAACCUGUAUGUUAUACUUGGCCCUUAAUCUAUGGACGUGGAAAUGAUAAGCAUGAUAGAGCUACAGAAAUUGUUGAUACAAUUCGAUGGGUUUGUGAAGAUCUACCUGUGCUAAAGUUACCUUUAGAGAAUAACAUACUUUGUAACUAUGACACGAAGAGCUAUGAAAGUAUGAAAUCUUUAUGUGAUCGAUACAACAAAGCUAUAGAUGGUGUAGUUGCUUUGGAGAAAGGGACUUCAUUACCUGCUCACCGAACUGCAAAUAGUCCAUCUCGAGGUCUUUUAAAACAUAUCUUACUGCAAACAUAUAAUUCUUCAGUUACAGCUCCAGAAAGGCUAAAUCAAUAUGAACCAUUUUCACCAGAGGUAUAUGGUGAAACAUCAUAUGACCUUGUGUGUCAAAUGAUCGAUCAUAUUAAAAUAUCUUCUGAUGAUAUUUUCAUUGAUCUGGGAUCUGGGGUUGGACAAGUAGUUCUCCAAAUGGCUGCAGCCACAUCGUGUAAGUUAUGUAUUGGAAUUGAAUGUGCAGAUGUACCUAGUUUAUAUGCUGAAAGUAUGAGCAAGAAUUUUCGUACAUGGAUGCGAUGGUAUGGAAAAAAAUAUGGGGAAUAUAAACUUAUUAAAGGAGAUUUCCUGGCAGAAGAGUAUAGAGAGAAUAUUAGCCAAUCUAGCAUAGUAUUUGUUAAUAACUUUGCAUUCGGUCCAGCUCUUGAUCAUCAAUUAAAAGAAAGAUUUGCUGAUCUAAGAGAUGGAGUAAAAAUAGUUUCUUCUAAGAAUUUUUGUUCAUUAAAUUUUCGAAUAUCAGAUCGAAAUCUAAGUGAUAUUGGUACAAUUAUGCAUGUUUCUGAAAUGCCGCCUUUAAAAGGAUCUGUUUCGUGGACUGGAAGGCCUUUUUCCUACUUUCUACAUACCAUAGAUCGUACAAAAUUGGAAUCGUAUUUUCAAAAAUUAAAACAGGCUCAGUUGAGAAACAACGAGGAUGACAACAAUUCGAAUUCUACCACAAGCUCUAGAGGAACGAGAGGUAGAACGUAUUUCCUCAGAAAUUCUUCAGAUUUUACUUCUGACUCAGAUUCAGUUGACUGGAGUGUUGGUCAUAAACCAAAAAGGGCUCGUUCCAAUUAUAAAUCUAUUAAAAAGAAGAGACCAGAAAGUCGUGCUCCAAAGAAUAAGCACCAAUUAAGGAAAUUGCAGUACAAAAUAUCUCCAGAUACCAAAGCUCACAACAUUGAAGAGAAACACAAAAUUAAAGAAGAACAAAUUAAUGAUUUGGACUUUCUUCAUAAUGAAACAUUAGUAAGUAUAGUAUCAAAAUUUGACGAUAGUCCUGCACCUGGCUGUGUUAACCACAAACUGACUGCCCUAAAUACUGGUUUAAUCGUUCAUGAAGAGAUCAGCAUACCAGACCAACAAUCAGAAACUCCUUAUGAACUACAACUUCUUUUAGAUAACUUUAAAGUGCAAUACAUGGACAUGCUGAAUCAAAUGAGAAGCCCAACAUAUAAAAACUUUAUACUUUCGCAAAUUGAAAGCGAAAGAAAAAAACAAAAACAUUUAGAAAAUCGUGCGACGCAAUUAGAAAAGCAAGUUAACGUGCUUAAAAAUGAAGGUGUAAAAUUAAUCAAUGUGAGGAAAAAAGAAAUGGGAUUAAAUGGAAAUACUCCAGCAGAAAUCUCCGCUGAAGCCAAAGAAGUAGUCAAAAAGCAUAAAAAGCUACAAUCAAAAGCUAAGAGAUUAGAAAAUCAAGUGGCUAAGUUAGAAAGCAAACAAAAAGAGUUGAUGCGUCAGAGACAAGCAGAACUUGGUGUCAAGCUUUUGCCCGAUAUAGAUGUAUCACCGGAGCUUUUUAAAGAUAACGUUCUAAGGGAAAUAUGCGCAGCAUUUGAGCAUCGAAAAAAUCUUCAAAGCAAUGCUUUACAGUUAGAACAAGAUGUCUUUAAUCUAAAUUUAAAUGAAACAAGAGCACAAGCUGUACGAGAUCAACAAAGUACCGGCGGCGUAUCGAAACCUUGUAGUAAUUAUGUAAAUCAUUCACAAAUUUACACGGGGAUACAAAGCACAUCGAAGCACGACCAAAAUUCCGAAAUUUUAGUUCAAAAGGGACGAAAAAAUGAAAUAAUUUCAACAUACGAAAUGAAUACUUCAGUACCUGACAUUAGAAAUAAUUCUCUUAGAAACAGUAAAGCAAAUGACAAAAACUGUGUAAUGUAUAAUAGUAUAUCUGCUUCAUCAUCCAGUCAAAAUCGCCAAAUAUGUCAUAAUAUUAAGAUUGAGACUGAUACUAAUGUAUCCGUAAUUAAACAAAAUAUGCCUAUAACAAACUUUGACAUUAGUUUAGAAAGUAUUAUUACUUCAGUUCUUAACGAAGAUAUUCAGGAUACACCUCGAAAUACUCCAGUAUCAGUGUCUGGAUAUCACACACCAAUGUCUCCUAUAAAAUUACAAACCAUAAAAUAUCAAAACAAUAUAAACCACAAUAACGUUAUCUCUAGUAGAACAAGACAGGAAGCAACAAGAUCUCGUAGAAAUACAAGGUUAAAACCACCUGUAAAUAGAGUAAACUUUAAAGUGCCGACUGUUGAUCAUGCUUCUGUAAUUACCACUGCCAAAGAAUCAGAACAACCUCCUCAGCAACAGGUUUACAGUCAAUUGCCCAGACAGCCUCCCGUAGAGAGACUGGAAGGAUUGGCCUAUAUGUACGCCCAAUCAAAGUAUGCUACUCAAUUACAACCACGUCCAAGGUGA